AUGGACAGCCCCAACUGGAUGCCCAAGUACACUACAUGGGUAGAUUUCAUCCUGGUGGGGCUCUUCCCUCAGUCCAGACACCCAGCUCUGCUGUUCCUGGUCAUCUUUGUGAUGCUCCUGAUGGCCUUGUCAGGAAAUGCAUUGCUGAUCCUCCUGAUAUGCGCCAACACCUGCCUUCACACCCCCAUGUACUUUUUCAUCACCCAGUUGUCCCUCAUGGACAUGGUGUACAUUUCCACCACUGUCCCCAAGAUGCCCAUGGACCAGGUCAUGGGUGAGAACAGGAUCUUGGCUCCUGAGUGUGGGAGGAUGCAGAUGUUCCUCUACUUGAUGCUGGCAGGUUCAGAAGUUUUUCUUCUGGCAGCCAUGUCCUAUGACCGCUAUGUGGCCAUCUGCCGUCCCCUGCAUUACCACAUCCUGAUGAACCACAGAGUGAGUCUCCUCCUGGCAUCUGGCUGCUGGUUCCUGGGGUCUGUGGAUGGCUUCAUGCUGACCCCUGUAACCAUGACCUUCCCCUUCUGCCACUCCCGGGAGAUCAACCACUUCUUCUGUGAAGUCCCUGCUGUGAUGAAGCUCUCCUGCUCAGACACCUCGCUCUAUGAGGUGCUCAUGUACCUGUGCUGUGUCCUCAUGCUCCUCAUCCCCGUGACAGUCAUCUCAAGCUCCUACACCUGCAUCCUUCUCACCGUGCUCAGGAUGAACUCAUCAGAGGGCCGGAAGAAGGCGCUGGCCACCUGCUCCUCCCACAUGACCAUAGUGCUUCUCUUCUAUGGGGCUGCCAUCUACACCUACAUGCUUCCCAGCUCCUUCCACACCCCUGAGAAGGACAUGGUGGUGUCUGUGUUCUACACAAUACUCACUCCUGUGCUGAACCCCUUAAUCUAUAGUCUUAGGAAUAAGGAUGUCACAGAAGCUCUGAAGAAAAUGUGCAGUGUGAGACCUGCCUUUCACAACAUGGUAAAAUAG